UGGGAAGCGCUGACAGAGGCUGGCUAGGACGGCCCUUCCCCGCCUCCCUCUGGCAGCCCCACCCCCAGCCUCAGGCCUCUCUGAACAUUGGAUCUGAGCUGCAGACACCAGCGCCCGUGGGGCCCGCAGCUCCAAGCCGUCAUGGAGCCUGAAGGCCUGGCACUACUGCUGCCCCCUGCCACUCUGGCCGCCCUGGCAGAUGGCUGGCUCCAAGAGGACUGUCCAGCCUUCAACUACACAGCCUUGGUCACAGGGCCAGCCACCUCUCGGGCGGCACUGUGGGCCAAAUCCCCAGGGGUACUGGCUGGGAGGCCUUUCUUCGAUGCCAUCUUUGCCCAAGUCCACUGUCAGGUCUCCUGGUUCCUCUCCGAGGGAUCAAAACUGGUGCCUGUGACCAAGGUGGCCGAGGUUCAGGGCCCCGCCCACUGCCUAUUGCUGGGGGAGCGGGUGGCCCUGAACAUGCUGGCCCGGUGCAGUGGAGUUGCCAGCUGUGCUGCUGCAGCUGUAGAGGCUGCCAGGGCGACUGGCUGGACUGGGCAUGUGGCAGGCACCAGGAAGACCACGCCAGGCUUCCGGCUGGUGGAGAAGUAUGGGCUCCUGGUAGGCGGAGCUGCCUCUCAUCGCUACGACCUGGGAGGGCUGGUGAUGGUGAAAGACAACCAUGUCACGGCAGCCGGUGAUGUGAAAAAGGCAGUCGGAUGGGCCCGACAGGUGGCCAACUUCGCCCUGAAGGUGGAGGUGGAGUGUGGCAGCCUGCAGGAGGCCGUGGAGGCAGCAGAGGCUGGAGCAGACCUUGUCUUGCUGGACAACUUCAGGCCGGAGGAGCUGCACCCUAUGGCUGAAGCGCUGAAGGCCCGGUUCCCGAGUGUGGGUGUAGAGGCCAGCGGGGGCAUCACGCUGGGCAACCUCCCUCAGUUCUGCGGGCCGCACGUCGAUGUCAUCUCUUUGGGGAUGCUGACCCAGGCGGCCCCAGCCCUCGACUUCUCCCUCAAGCUGUUUGCUGGUGAGAACCCCCCAGUGCCCCAUGUCCGCCAGUCCUAAAGCCACAGAGGGCAACACUGGCAAUGGAACAACCGGGUUUCUCAGGACCCUAAAGGUUACAUAUCUCUAAGAACAGUGGCCAAUGGGGCAUUCUCAGCGCUGGCCUGAGCUACUGGCUCAGCCACUUACUGCUGUGUGACCCCGAAGGGCUGACUUUACCUCUGCUCACCUAAUGUUUCCUAAUCUGCAAAAGGGGUCUAAUAAAUGAUCUGCCUUAUGGAUUUCUUUGAGUGGUAAUUAACACAUUGUAAGUGGUCGGUGUAUG